AUGGAAGGAGAUGAAUUAGCAUAUGCAAAUGAACUUGUACAUAACUUAUACUCUGGGACUUUAGAUCCAGCUUCUAUCACAGUUGUUGAAAAGGACCUACAAAGGAUUCAGAAGUCCGAGUCUGGAUGGGCCAUUGGACUAUCGAUGCUACAAAGUUCGGAUGUCUAUCAACAAUUUUUUGGAGCUCUGACAUUGCAAAUGAAAAUUAAUACUCAGUGGGAAUCUCUAGAUGGAAUUAGUCGAACGCAGUUAUCUCAUCGGCUGUUAGAAAAAUUACUGAAUAAGGAACAACUAACAAGCCUUGUUGAACGUAAGGUUAUAUGUACUUUAGCAGCGUUAUCCAUUAAGUGUGAACUCAACGAACAAGCUCACUUUACAUUCUGGAUCAUUUACAGUUUAUACUACAAUGACUAUAAUGUUUUGACGGACCUUUCAAGUUUGUCUGACGUUCUUCCACCGCUUCCAGCAACUGCCUACUCUUCGCAAAACGCCUAUCUAGCUACUCUCUUCUUGAAUGAACUUUUUCUUGAACUGUCAUCGUCCAUAUAUACGAAAGAAAACGAAGAUUUAAUUUUCAAAAGAUUUUUUAAUUCUUGCUCCGAUUUUAUUAUCAUAAUUUUAACGUCUGUUUUCCAAACCUGUCCAUUCCAAUUAUCAGAAAAAAGCAGUGUUCAAGCCUUAGAGCAAGCCUUAAAUUGUGUGAUUUCUUUAUCGGCCUAUCUUCAAAAGAACUCUGUUUCCUUAAUCAUUGGUCUUCCCCAGCUUGCAGAAUGCAUAGAUUCCACUGUAAAUUGCCUUGCAUUGGAUCCUGUUUCAGAAAAGGCAAUGAAUACACUAAGCGAUCUUUUGGCAAGUUAUUCCCAUUUAGUAUCUCAAAAUACCAUCCAAAAACUUUGGGAUAUUUUGGUUGGAGAAUGGGGCGAGACUCGCUUAAAGCAGGAGUUAGACCAAGCAGACAGUGAAGAGGAAAAUGACUUUUCUUUCUUGAACUUGAUAAUUGGGUUUUCAGAGUCCAUGCUCAAUUAUAUCAUUGAGAACAUUCAAGAGGAAAAGUGUAUUAAGAUACUGUACAUUUUGGUUUCGCUCUUAGGGUUUCCUGGUUACGCAAUUGCAGAAGAAGAAGUAAGCUGGCGUACUUUGGAAUUUUGGACAACUUUUAUUGAAGACUUUGCUAUGAGUGACUCCUUUUCUGAUCCUAUAAGAAGUAAUGCUUUUCAAGGACUCGCAUUUUCUGCGAUAGACAGAGUAUACUACAAAAUGUUGCUUCCUUCUAGUACUCAAUGGGAAGAAUGGCCUUCAAACAUCCGGGAUGCCUUUCACAGCUAUCGAAGGGAUUUAGGCGAUUUAUUAGAGAGCUCUUAUUCUAUAAUUGGCGAGAAAAUGCUUACUAUGUAUGUAUCCAAUAUUGAGUCUCUACUGCAAGAUGACAUUGAGGAUUGGCGGCCACUUGAGGCUUCUUUUUAUUGCUUAACAUGUAUCCUAGAUAACGAAACUAGCGAAAAUGAGUAUCUUAAUUCUUGGCUGAUACGACUUUUUAACACCAAUUUUCCAGUCAAAGCGGCUGGGUUUGGUAAUCCUCUACUAUUAAAAACUACCUCUCAGAUUCUCAGUGAUGCUUCUUCGUUUCUUCAAAAGAACCCCCAAUACCUAAACAUCUCAUUGCCCGUUCUUUUUGAUGCUCUUAAUAUUCCAGACAGCUCUUUACAAAUUAGUGCCUCCCGUUCGAUUCAUUCCCUAUGCACAACAUGCGCCGUACAUUUAGUUUCCGAAGUCGAAGCUUUUGUGUGUUUGGUAGAGAAUUUAACUCAAAGCCUUGUUGAAUACCCCUUUGUCCUUGAACGUAUAUACAGUUCGGUUGGAUUCGUAAUUAACAGCUUAUAUUCUUUGGAUUCCCAAACUUUAUAUUUAACAAGAUUACUUUCAUGCUUGGCAUCUCCUUUACAACCAAAUAAUUAUCCAGAUCUCGAUACCUUUGAGAAUGUCAUAAAAGCAUGUCUUCAAAGUUUGGUUGGUUUGGCAAUUAGCCAAAGUCCUUCAAAUAAUAAAUCUGUGGUUGACAUUGAGAAAGUUGAAGAAAAUGGUCUAUUUUGGAGCAAGCCUCAAAUAAUAUCUUUUCAAGAAAAAGUUAUGUCCUUUCUAUCCUAUACUGAGUCUUCGGCCUUACAAUAUGCGGAUGUUGUUGGAUUAAUUUGCAAAAUCAUUAUUGCUGGAUUGAACGAGUUAGAGCCUUCACCAUUCUCUUUACAUAUAUCUGCCACAGUCCAAUAUUUUUGCACUAGAUUUACUGAGUUUCCCGCCUCUAUUCUGUUAACCUUAGCUUCAGCUAUUUUGACAUCUCCAUAUGGUCGAAACUUUAUGACGGAGGAUUUGCUACAGAGCAUGAUUAUGGCAAUACGAAGCCGCGUUAUGUUGAAUGAUGAAGAGUUUUUCGAAAAUAAUAUAGACAUAACGAUUGAACUAUAUCACUUCUCUACUAUCUUUUACCAAAAACAUCCAAGUUUUUUAGAGAUACGAUAUUUGGAAUUUCUACAGUUUUUGUUAGAAAAAGCGAUAUACACUUUGUGUAAGCCUGAACGCUUGCUUGAAUCUGCGUCAGGGCAAUUUUUGUCUGCUUUUAUCAGUAUAGAACUAAAUUCAGAGUCAAAUGAAGUACACAAAACUUUGUUGGAUUCGAUUCGAAUGCCACUGAUUACAAAAAUCCUACUGGGUUUUGGUGGAGGUGCUUCCAGAAGUUCGCUUCCUCUUUUGUCCGAUAUCUUAGGAAAACUGAAGACACAGAAUUUCGGGGCCACAAAGACUAUCCUUACUCAACUAUUAUCUUGUGAAGGGUUUCCAUCUAGCAAAGCCAAUAAUGAAGUGAAGCAUCGGUUUUUACAGGAUUUAUUAAAAGUCAGGAUUAAAGAUAAAGUCAAAGAAUUUUGGAUUAUAACUAAGGGUUUCGAGUCUACACCCUAUGGAAAUUCUAGUUGGACCUUUUGA